GCUCACACUUCCCUUCUGGCUUUUCCCCAAAUCAUAAAGCUCUUUUCCUUUCACUUGCGCCCUUUCUCCUCUGCGCUUUCCUAUGUUCUUUUACGAUCUUCUCCAUUAUUAGGGUUUUGAAAUGUGGGGGGAGAAUGGAGUCUUCUGAACCCGAAUCAACGGAAGUUUCGAAUUCUAACGAUAACCCAGAAUUGGGCUUUCGCUCGGCCUCGUCUUUCCCUAGUUCCAAUCAUGCUUCGGAAACAUCAGAUCUUAAUCAUCAGGCUGAGGUAGAUGCACUUCAUGAGGAGUUUCAGAGCAAGUUGAUUUUGAAGGAUAAGGAUGAACAGAGCGAGAUUGUGGACAAAGAUGGUAAAUUGGAUGGUGGUGAGGAGAUGUGUCAUAAACACGGUGCUGGGGAAUCUUACGAGGUAGAUGGGUGGGGUGAAUAUAACGAUAAUUGGAAUGGAAUUGAGGACAAUAAUUGGACUACGAAUGUGAACGGGAAUGGGAAUGAUGAGGAAGGUGGAGAUUAUGAUCUUGCUGUCCAUGAAGAGGAGAGAAAAGAAGAGAGAAGCGGUGGUAGCAACCACCAGUACCCGGUGAGGCCCGAAGCAGAAGAUUGUGCAUUCUAUCUUAAGACUGGAACUUGCAAGUUUGGAUUCAAUUGCAAAUUUAACCACCCUGUUACCAGGAGGAAAAAUCAGGCCGGUAAAGAGAAGGCAGGAGAGAGAGAAGAAUCAGCAGAUAGAUUGGCGCAGGCAGAAUGCAAGUAUUAUCUAUCUUCAGGAGGUUGCAAGUUUGGAAAAGCUUGUAAAUAUAACCAUUCAAGAGGAACGUGUUCAGUAGCCACAGUUCUAGAGCUUAAUUUUCUUGGUCUGCCUAUUCGUCUGGGAGAGAAAGAGUGCCCUUAUUACAUGCGUACUGGCUCUUGUAAGUUUGGAGCAAACUGCAAAUUUAAUCAUCCAGAUCCUACUGCUGUCGGAGGAGGUGAUCUUGCUGCAAGAUAUGUUAAUGGUGGGUCGAUAUCGUUACAAGGUGUCUCACAGCCAUCUUUGCCCUCCUGGUCUUCUCCAAGAACAUUAAAUGAAACUACUGCUUUUAUGCCAAUGAUGUUGUCACCUACUCAAGGGGUUUCUCCCCAAAGUUCUGAAUGGAAUGUGUAUCAGGCACCUGUGUACCUACCUGAGGGGAGUAUGCGUCCACCUUCAGCAUAUGUUAUGAACAACCCAGCGAUUGAGAAAACUAUUUAUAUGCAUCAUCAAAAGAAGACGCAGGUUGAAGAGUUUCCUGAAAGACCUGGGGAACCUGAAUGCAGUUACUUCUUAAAAACUGGGGAUUGCAAGUUCAAAUCUAAUUGUAAAUUUCACCAUCCAAGGAAUAGGAUUACAAAGUUACCUUCUACAUGCGCCCUCAGUGACAAGGGUCUUCCUUUGAGACCUGACCAGAAUGUCUGCACGCAUUACAGUCGCUACGGAAUCUGCAAAUUUGGACCAGCUUGUAAGUUUGACCACCCAAUAAACCCAUCGCCCUCUACAGGGUCUCCGUUUGAUCAGCAAUCGUCCUACUCAGACUCUGCUAGAGUUGAAGUGGCUGAAAAUGGAGGGGCAACUGGGCAAAUAAUGCAAUAAUUUAGCGGUCUAAACAUUUAAAGUCAGGAGCCUUCUUAGCCUUGAGGAUACGUUUGAUCCAGAAUUUGUAAUUUUCUUCUUAACAUAAAUUAUUUGACUUGUUUUUUUGGGUCCUGCUUAAUGGCACAAGCAUUGCAGAGAAUGUCAAUGUACAUGUUAAACAGUUGUUUUGUUACAGCUAAUAUUAACUUUUGUAGAUUAUCCUCUA